AUGAAUCUGAUGAGGCUUUUGAGGAAUUUUACCUCCAUUGACAAGAACAUGAGCACAGAGGAUAUUACAAUUUUGAAGAAAAAACUAAGAUGUAAAUUUAAAAGUGUUGGCAUGCUCGAGCUUGAUACUUUAAUAAACAACUACUUAAAUAAGAACAUAAAUAAAAUGGACAAUGAAAAAGCAAAAGUGUUGUAUAAUUUGAUGGAUGUAGAUACAACUAAUUUAUUGAAACUUUUUUAUUUUUACUCGAACAAAGAAAACCGUAAUGUUGAAAAGUUAUCGGGAUAUUUGAAAAAUUUAGAUAAAAAGGAAAUAAAUGAUACCUUCAAUUUAUUAAUUGAUAUUUUAAAUAAUAACGAAAAAGUUGUUAAUUCGUGA